AUGCCAACUGCUGUUUCGGGUUCUACCGGCGCCACGGCAGGCGGAGGUAAAGGCGUCGUUUCCAAAAAGGGCGCUAAGAAAACUGCUAUGAAAAUGAGCAGGAAAGGCAAUAGGAAGCACAAGAGGAACCGGAAGGAGAGCUACAGCAUCUAUAUCUACAAGGUUCUGAAGCAGGUCCACCCAGACACUGGUAUUUCUUCCAAGGCCAUGAGUGUCAUCCACUCAUUCGUCAGCGACAUCUUCGAGCGCAUCGCUUCCGAGGCUUCCCGCUUGGUGCAUUACACCCGCCGCCAGACCAUCUCCUCCCGGGAGAUCCAGAGCGCCGUCCGUCUUCUGCUUCCUGGGGAACUGGCUAAACACGCCGUCUCGGAAGGCACAAAAGCCGUCACCAAGUAUACGAGCUCAAAUAAGGCCAUGAGUGUCAUCCACUCAUUCGUCAGCGACAUCUUCGAGCGCAUCGCUUCCGAGUCUUCCCGCCUGGUGCAUUACACCCGCCGCCAGACCAUCUCCUCCCGGGAGAUCCAGAGCGCCGUCCGUCUUCUGCUUCCUGGGGAACUGGCUAAACACGCCGUCUCGGAAGGCACAAAAGCCGUUACCAAGUAUACGAGCUCAAACUGUGGUGAGAAGCGAGAGCAGAGGAGAGAGCAGAUGGCCCUUGUGUCAGACACCAUUGCUGCAGAAGCAACGCCUCCUAGGUUCACAGAGGCUGCACGACAUGGUUGCCCGGCUUUGCGCUUGCAUUCUGCUUCCCUGGGAGCAGUUGCAGCCACGAUAAGCAACGUGCUCACACAAACUCCUUUCGAGAAAGAGGAACACGUAUAA